GACCCUCCAACGCCAUUGUCGCAUCGCCGAAGCUCAUUCCCCUCUCCGACCAUGGGUUUCGCUCGUGCGAUCGACACGGUAUAUUGUAAUGCCGGACUCCGACUUCCCACCUUGCAUUUAUAUCCGCCAAGACGGGUUUGUGGGCUUUAUACUUUUCGGACACCACAAAGAAGACAAGCAGGAGGAUGCUUUUUGGCUUUGAACUCAAGGGAAGCUAUUCAACAGAUUAGUGCUUCUGCAGGCAAUAAAUGCUUCGCGAAUCACUUCUCUCAUCAAAUGAUGCUGUCUGAGAAGCAAGCCGCCGACUUUGCAGCAAGCAGUCUCAUACAUUAUCAACCUUAUGUCAGAUGUGGAGCUCCUCGAACUCCUCGAAAUGUACUAGUUAUAUUAAAUCCACACUCGGGACGUGGUCGUUCUGGUGAAGUUUUCUAUGAACAAGUGCAACCAAUACUUAAGCUUGCAGGUUUUAGGAUGAAAGUGGUUGAAACAGGAGCUGCAGGUCAUGCAAAAAAUCUUGCAUCUACUGUUGAUCUCGGUACAUGCCCUGAUGGUAUUAUAUGUGUUGGGGGUGAUGGAAUUGUAAAUGAGGUCCUCAAUGGUUUACUCAGUAGAGUUGAUACAAACGGAAAAAAUUUACCGCCAAUUGGCAUUGUUCCUGCUGGUUCAGACAAUUCACUUGCUUGGAGUGUUUUGGGUGUUAGAGAUCCAAUUCCCGCUGCAUUGUCUAUAGUGAAGGGGGGUUCGACAGCUGUAGAUGUUUUUGCUUGCAAUUGGCCCCAGGCUGGCGUUACUCACUUUGGCGUGACAGCUUCAUAUUUUGGUUUCCUUGGUGAUGUUCUUGAACUUUCUGAGAAAUACCGGGUGCAAUUCGGCCCGCUUCGUUACUUCAUUGCCGGUGUUCUGAAGUUCCUAUCCUUACCCGAGUACAGCUUUGAGUUGGAGUAUCUUCCUUCGACAGCAAAGAAAUCUGAAGAGGAUAAUGUUUUAGAAGAUAAAGGAAAGUUUGGCACGCUAGAUCAAUCUGAUGAUUUUAGCCUGGAACAAGUUAAGGAACUGAAUCCUGAUUUGGAAACGAAGUGGGUUCGUAGGAAAGGGCGAUAUCUUGGUAUCUUGGUCUGCAACCAUUCUUGUAAAACAGCCCAGAGCUUAAGUUCUGAGGUUGUGGCACCAAAAGCCGAGCAUGAUGACAACAGUUUGGACUUAAUAUUGGUACAUGGGAGUGGGAGAAUGAGGUUGUUAAGAUUUUUCGUCGAUCUGCAGUUUGGCCAGCAUCUUUCGCUUCCCUUUGUGGAAUAUGUUAAGGUAAAAUCUGUAAAGAUUAAGCCAAUCGGAAAUACACACAAUGGGUGUGGAAUUGAUGGCGAGCUUCUUCGGUUGGAUGGUCAAGUUGUGUGCUCUCUUCUUCCGGAGAAAUUCGUAUUGCUCGGAUGCAACCCUAGAGAUUGUAAAUAACAACGGUUAGUCGCGGAAUCUCACAAGGGAAGGAUGUACUAUUAUUUCACUUAGAGAGGGCUCCCGCGCUUCUUGCGGCGUAAAGUUAUUCACCUGCCAUAUUUUUGCCAUCCUAAGAGUCAUCUGAAACUACUUCUGGGGCCAAGCAUGAUGAAGUGGUAAGUCACUGCCCUAAUUCCUUAUACAUGCAUGUAUUAAUUAUUUGGGGACAAAGAUUUAAAUGAGGAGCUCCUCUUGAAUGAUCAUAUGAGAAUGGUGUCCCUGAGUGCCACGUGUCAUUCUUUUUCUUUUAUAUUUGGUUGGAGGGAUGGAUUUCGUUUUACGGUUGUGAUUCUGAUUGGUUGGUCGAGUUUGUGUUCGAAUUCGAAGUAAAUUUAUGAUAAUUGUGUUUAAGUCGUAACAUUUUUCUUGUGCCCACUCA